AUGCUGGACAUCUACCAGCUCAAUCUCGCCGGCCUGCUCCUGGCAUGUGGCGUUCUCUUCGCGUCCGGCACCGAGCAGAAGCAGGUCGCCAAAAAGGAUGAGAAGAAGAAGGACUCAAAGCAGCAACAGAAGCAAAAGGGCUCCCAAUGGGCAUUCUACGUCGUCUACGCCCUCGUAAUGGGCUCAGACUGGCUCCAAGGCCCAUUCCUCUACUCCCUCUACAAGAACGAGCACGGCAUCCCCUCGGAAACCGUGCCGACGCUCUUUACCACGGGCUUCGUCUCGGGCGCCGUGGCCGGCUACUUCAUCGGCUCCCUCGCCGACCGCCACGGCCGCAAGGCGAGCUGCCUCUUCUUCUGCGCCGCCUACGCCCUCUCGUGCCUCCUCACCACCCUCCCGAGCCUGCCGCUGCUCUUCGCCGGCCGCGUGCUCGGCGGGCUCGGGACCAGCCUGCUCUUCAGCGUCUUCGAGAGCUGGAUGGUCACCGACUUCCACGCCCGGAAGCUCGGGGACAAGGGUUUGGACCUGUCGCGCACCUUCGGUUUCAUGAGUACCGUCAACAGCGUCGUGGCGAUCGUGAGCGGUGUCGCAAGCGAGUGGCUCGUUUCCGUCACGGGAACGCGCAAGGCGCCGUUUCUUGCUAGUAUCGGUUUGCUUGUGCUCGCAGCUGGGGUUAUUGCGACUCAAUGGGACGAGAACUACGGCUCUACAGGCCAACAAGCAUCUCCCUCCAAGACCUCCAAGAUUUCCAAGGACAAGAAGCCCAACAGUCUCUGGGCCACAAUGACCGACAAGCGGGUGCUCACCAUCGGCCUCGCCUCGACCAUGUUCGAGGGCUCAAUGUACCUCUUCGUAGUGCUCUGGAGCCCCGUCCUGGUCGCCGCCUCCUCCUCACCGGACACCCUGCCCUACGGUAUAAUCUUCGCCGCCUUCAUGGCCUCGACCCUGCUCGCCUCCCUCCUCUACCCGCGCCUGUCGGCGAUGGUCUCCACGCCGUCCCGCCUGCUCUUCGCGGUCCUCUUGGCGGCCAACGCCGUCUUCUUCGCCCUCGGCACCGGCGGCUCGCGACCGGAGCAGGUCACCUUCUGGCUGUUCUGUCUCUUCGAGGCUUGCGUCGGGCUCUACUUUCCCUCCAUGGGGUAUCUCAAGGGCAAGGUUGUCGACGACGGCGUGCGUGCUCAGGUUUACGGUGCUUUGAGGAUCCCGCUCAACAUGUUUGUGGUGCUGAGCUUGAUGUUCACGAGCGACGGGCAGGCGAACAAGGUCUUUCUCGUGUGCGGCAUGCUGCUUCAGGCAAGUUGUGGCGCGUUAUGGCUCAUGGGGGGACAGGAUGUGUAA